CAAAUAUUUGCAACCACUUUCAAGAAAAGUUGUUACCAGGACAAGAUGUAAGGUGCAGAAGCGAAAAACAACAGUAAUAUUUUUAAGGUAAAUCACCGUUUUACUACUAUAUAUAAUAUAAGUCAUUUUUUACAGUGAGAGCAAAAUCAUUUUAUAACUUGUCAUUUUACGUUAAAGCCGGCCGUUCAAAAGAGGCUAACAUGCAUGUUGGCCCUAAACUAUUUGCCGGAUCAUGCAAGUUUGACCAUAGUCUAUUACUGUCGUUCCAAUUGAAGUGUUGCUCCAAUAUUGAUUCAAUACAUUACCUCGGGCUGACCAAUUCAUUUGAUCAAGUUCCUCGAGAUAUUCAUACACUUCCUGUGAAAGAGCCAAUUCCAAGUAUUUGAUCAUUUCUGGUCACUUCCUUUCUAUUUAUGAUUGGUUAGUUGCACAAACAACAAAUGUGAUUGGAGCAUUCAAACUAUUCAACAGGAAGUUUACAAUUAUACUAGGAAGUGUGUGAAUAUCUCGAGGAACUUGAUGAAAUGAAUCGGUCAGCCCCAGCCUAGUCCCAGUCGUUCUGAAGCAAGCGCGAGAAAAAAGUGGAUGUACAACAAGACUGGGACCUAGGUGUGACGUCACCGCUCAAGGUGCUUCAGAAAGCCUAGCAGAUUUCAGUAUUUUUAAUAUGGCGAAAAAUUUAUAUAUACAAGUAACCUUUUAAUUAUAAAUACGACAAUGUUCGUUCAUCAUGUACAUGUUCGAUGUCUACAUGACCAAAUCAAACUGUAUUAAAAAUGUGCUAAACUAAAAAAAAUUAUAUACAAAUUUACGAUACCGAGUUUGAGCAAUCGUUGAUGUUAUUUAUGUACUCGCAAGUUGUGAUCAACACUAGACCAUACUAGUAUACACAACUACGCUUUCUACUUGACAUGACGGUGUUGUCAAAACAUUCUUAGUCGGAGACUCGGCAUAAUUUUCAAUUUUAGUAAACACGAGUCAUAUUUAGCCCGUUAUUCCAUUCUGACCGGAUGGCAGCGAAACGUAGCCUACUUCAUUGUUCCGACAGCAUUAGAGCAAAACUAAUGACUCAUUAUAUAUGCAAAGGAAAUUUCCAUAACAUUUUCCAUUUACAAUUGAGGUAUGCUUGGUAACCAGGCCAGGGCCCACUUUUUUGAAAUCAGGGACCAUUUUACCGAAAUCUGCUAGGCUCUCUCGCUGAAGCGUUCCGCACAGCACACCCAGGCAUAAAACUUUUAAGACUUAUUUCAAUAUAUCAAAGCAGCGAAUAGGGAGAGAGCCUGGGAGUAGGCUGGGUCAGCCCGAGGUAAUGUAUUGAAUCAAUAUUUGAGCAACACUUCAAUUGGAACGACAGUAAGAUAUGAUGAUCUGAAAGCUGGGCAAACUUCAAAGCUACAAAAUAGAAGACCUUUGUUUGAUGUUGAACUGCAAUUACUGCAUGUACCCUCACCGUGCACAAAUCGUUCAAUAAUAUCGUCGUCCACUCAUUAAAUAUUAUUCAUCGUGGCUUUACGUUUCUUCUCAGCCAUCCCUAUUGGACGGUUACUUAAUUAUACGAAAAUACGAAAAAACAAAUUAACAUAAACUCAGACAAAAACAUAUAUUAACAAACACUUCUAUUUAGUUUCCAGAUCAUCAUAUCAGAUGUUGAUAGACUAUGGUUUGACUUCGUUUAACAUUUUCAUCCAACCAUUGUGCAACAACGCAUGGUCAUUGGCAUUUAACGAUUACGCCUGAUCAUUAAUUGGCCACGCUCCUCCAACAUUGUUCAACAUCGUCCAACAUUGUUGGUCCAGCAGUGAUGGAUGAUGCUGGACUCGUUUGAACGGGCAUUAAGUAUUUUUACGGGCAUUAAGUAUUUUUUUCAUUAAGUUUUUUUUUAAGUACUUUUAUAUUUUUUUUAUUUUUAAGGCAUUAAAAUGCCUUAAUCGCUCAAAUAAUUGGCAAUUUUGAAAACCCAGUUAUUUGAAACAUCUCUGUGUUAUAAUUCUGAUCACGAAUUGGUGUUGAUUCCAACCACAGGCUCAAUGUGUAACUAACUUUAAAUUUGUCGUAUAUAGGCUGUAUUGUAUCUAACUUUGAUCAUCAGAUCAUAAAAAUUCUACGUUUAAAAAGCCCUCGAUCGAUCAUUACUUUUUUGUAGAGAUGUUCUAAUGUAUUGCCUGUUGCUGGUUUUCUUGUAUUCUUUGAAUCCAUUUUGGAACCAGAAAUUAAUUUUCGACCAUAAUAAUGGAUUGAAAACCUUUUUCAGCAGGUAAUAUAUACCAUAUAUAUAUAUAUAUAUAUAUAUAUAUAUAUAUAUAUAUAUAUAUAUAUAUAUAUAUAUAUAUAUAUAUAUAUAUAUAUAUAUAUAUAUAUAUAUAUAUAUAUAUAUAUAUAUAUAUAUAUAUAUAUAUAUAUAUAUAUAGUGCUUUAGCGAAUGCGCAAUAUUUUUUCAUGCGAUUCCAGGUUACUCCUCGCUUAUCCCACGUUAAAUUAUUUAUAUAUUUGUAUGAUUCUAUUAAAUUAAUUUAAUACAGUCAUAUAAAUAGAGAUGUAGAAUUUGUAUAAGUCAGCCAUAGUGGGGAUUUUUAAUUUAUUCCAUAAUCUCCAAGGGAGUCUGACAUCGGAGUUAUAUAGUCACCCUUUUGUGGCCAAGGAUAUACUAUAUAGUUGGGCUUUUUGUGGUAUUCUCAAGUAAGAAAACAUGCAUGUAUAGACAGGAGCUUGCAGUCUACUGCAUAUAAUGUAUUAUUUCUAUGAACAUGAUAUGACCUUUAGGUAUGUAUGUAAGUAUGUAUGUAAAGCCAGUUUUCCACUUCAAUCGUACCGAAACGUGACGUAUUUCUUUGUUUCCUGAGCGGUAGUGUGGAACUAAUGACACAAAAGAAAAUGCUACGGUACGUUACGGUUGAAGUGGAAAACAGGCUUUUGUGCUGCAUUUUUCGCAGUCGUUCCUGGUCAGGUCAGGUCACCCUAAAAUAACAACAUUCUAAUGGUAUGCUAAUCAUCCUUACUUACAGCUGAGAGCUAAGCUGAAUUACGAAGGACGCAGCUCAACCUGAUCGAGUCGAAGUCUUUCUAAGGGCGCCUAUGGCACCACCUUAUGACUCAUAUCUAAUCAUGGAGCACAGCUACGGUGGAAGGGUCAGUUAGGGGGAUAAUCCCAACCCACCCUUUCAACAUUAAUUCCCUGUGGGAGGAAACCUGAGUACCCGGAGAAAACCCACGACUUUCGGAAGAGCGUUGACUUUUUUCACAUAAGUGUCAUGAGUCCGAGAAUCGAACCCAUGCAAUCUCGGAGGUGAAAGGAAAAGAUUAUAUAUAAUAUACUUUUUAUAUUCAUGUUUAGACAAAUAAAUACGAGUUCGUUGUUGGCGUGGUGGUCAUCAAGUUCACAAAAGUUUCUUGAUACUCUAACAUUUGACGAGAAAACCCUAACCAUGAGAGCAUUUCAUAGCAAAGAUCCAGUUGUUGGAAAUCCCGAAGUCACGAUGAUGUUCAAAUAUUGCCAAUUAGUAAGUCUAUGUGUUGUAAUGUGCCGUAUGCACGGCUAUUUCCAGUUCGCUGGCACAAAAUGAAUUCGACAGCGUAAUCUCGAUAUAGUAAACACUGAAUAGUGAAUGAUCAAUGUAAUAUUUUUUGCUAUAUAGCCUAUAUAUAUAUUGAUUAUAUUUAACAACAACGUUAUGAAUUAAGGCCUCCUUUCUAUGGUUUCAAGGAACCUAAUUGCUUUCUCCCUACUUACCAUUGCCUAUAGAACGUAUAGAAAGUCUGCUAGUUUCAAGCACCUUGACAAUAUCUUGUCAACGCCUUCACAACAUGCCUUACUGUUCAAUGGAGUCGUCAUGAGGAAUGCUAAAAAUAUUACGUAACGUGUGUAUAUAUAUGCUUAUGUAAAGAAUGUAUUGUGAAAUGUAUUUUAUGAGGUAUAACAGCUUCUCUUUCUGAGUUAAGGUAUAGGCCUUCCUAUCGCAACAGAUUCAUUGAAGUAUACACUAACGACUAACCUGUGCGCAUUCCCAUCAUUCAUUCAUGGUCAUUACGCCAAAACUGUUUUAUUUAUUUGUGAUUAGACCAAAACAUUUCCUUAAAAUUAGUAAUGUAACUAGUAUUUUACAGUAAAUACUGUUAGAAUUUUUCAUUUUGAUCAUUUGUUUUUGUUGUAGGACAAUAAUUCUUAUCAAAUCAACGGGUCACUGGCGAAUAAACCUAAAAGGUAUAAGUGACUCCGUCAUUUAAUUUCUAUAUGGGUGUAUAUAUUUACCAGCGGGGUUACUCCCUCCCCCGUUCCACCGCAACAAAUUUUGUCACCCAGAGCAAUUGUGUUUUCAUGUUAUUGGUUUGAGCUUGUGCCUCACAUCACAAAUCUGAGAAGACAGCAGAUUUAGUAUAGGCCAUAUAAUUUUAUAGACUACGAAAUUUACCCAAAUCAGUAGAAUGAUAUAUAAAUUAUUUUGAUUCAUUGUGCAAAGGUGCUUGUUGUCUAAGAAGGUUGAAAAUGAAACUCUAACUGCUUAAACCGUGAGUUAUCACACUUACGAUUUUAGUGCAACACAUGAACCGUUUGUUGGCUUUUGGAUCCACUACUUGUUCCAUAGUCGUCAACCUGCAACGAAAGGCUCUUUCCUGCACUCAUCGCAAAAACCAACUUACAAACUCGCUGUGAUUGGAUGAAAGAUAUACUCGCAGCCAACUUGCGAGUUGGUUUAUGCGACGAGUGGAAAAGAGCCUGAAGAGUCGAUCAGUAGCGCGAAGGCAUUUUUAACAUACAUGGUCAAACUGGUUAAUUUUAUUACUCAUAAAAUAAUUGUAAAACAACAUCCUAAACGCAUAUAUAUAUACCUUAUAGAAACAAUAGAUAUUAUAGAUAUAGUAGCCUAAUAAACAUCUAUUAUUUCUAUGAUAUACGCAGUAACACAGCGGUCAAACGUAUGGUGAUGCGACCGCACAGAGGGGCAUUAUCGUAUUCAUGAAACUCUAGCAAAAUCCUGUAGGGACUAUUAUAGUCUGGUGCCGUCGCGUGGCUCGCGUGUGGAAACUGUAGCCCGUAGCACACGAAGUGACAGUUUAGCAGAGCCUCUGACAUUGGAGAGGGGGCAAACACAAAAUUACCUGAUACACCAAUGUAAGAGGAACACCUAAAAAUGUUCAAUUGUAAUUCAGAACUAUAGUAAUAAAUAAAAUAAAUUAAUUUGUAACGAUUAUAAGUUCAUUUUCAAAAGCUACAGUAUAAUUUGUUCAUCCUGACAUCCCCAAAAUUUCCAAAGCCGCUAAUUUUGUUACGGAUCACAAACUCGUUGCAUUUUAAUUAUAUCACCCAAUUUCAUCAGCGUGACUAAUAUAGUAAAAAAUUCUAAUUUUAGACAUUGUACAAGAACGGUAGAAGAAAAGGCUAUUGAUCUUAGCGAAUCUCAGAAGAAAAACUGGUUAGGUUUAAAUCAUUCCAUCGAUGAGAAAUUUAAUGAAUACGUGACAGAUAUUUCUCUAAAGUUUGUCAUCUAUUCACCAUCAUUGACUGUAUUCAGGUAAGCCGUAGAGUGUAAAAAUCACAAUGAGCACACUGAUUUUGAAUUCCCGAGGUCCAGGGACGCCGGAACUUGGGGGGGGGGCAGGAGGGGCAGCCGCCCCCGUUGCCCUUUACCAGGAGGGGCAAGGGGGGCAAAGGUGCCCUUUCAAAUUAAAGGAUUGCUUUGGCGAAAUAGCGAAUUGUCAGAAAUGUUAGUGCGAUUCUUUUACGAAUUUGCUUCAGAAAACGCAAGAAAUGCAGUCAUCGAGCUUCAAGAAUAGCACAAUCGCCUGGUAGAGAACCCCCUCACACCCCUGUCAUCCAAUAAAUAGAAAACAUGAAUAGGCGAAGUUCAACUCCCGAUGUUUUACAAACAUCUCUUAGUAUAUAUCAAUUCAAAAGUGCCCUUUCACGAAAAUCUGCCCCCCUUGCCUUCACAUCGUUCCGGCGUCCCUGCCGAGAUCUAUGUGUAAGUACUAUAUCAGAAAGGCUGACAUUUGACUACCACUACUGCUGCCAUUGACCAAUCUGAUGCGUUAACCAAUCAAAUGCUUGCUGAGCCACUGAGGUAGCGGUAGUGGGUAGUAGAAGUCAAAUCUGAACCCCCCUAUUAUGCAGGGAUAGAAAUAAAUUGUAAUGAAUAGAAGCAUCGAAAGGUUUGUCGAGGCACCAGCUGAGAUGAAACCCAUAGUGUUUGAUAGCAUAAAUACCAACCUGAAGAAAACGUGUUUUGUGGUUGGCCUUAAAGUGACCAGUGUUUGUGACUCGUUUCUCCGCUGAGAGGUUAUGUUUCAACUACAAUCCAGGCCAAAAUUCAUGUGGACGCUAAACCUUGACUUUACACGUGUAUCCCCCACUCCUCCUCUUCGAUGAUGCAUAUCCACAUUAUCUACACUUCUUAUGUUUGAUGAGAAAUUUCAUUCAACACUGACUUGGGGGAGCGUGGGGGCAUAUUUAUUUAGAGAAAUGCCAUUCGAGGCCAAUGUCUGUGGGUUGUCCACAACGUUUUGGCCAGGAUUGUAGGUUUGUUUGUCACCUCUGCUAGGCGGUCAUGUUUUCAACUGCAAAAUUUGUUUGUGUGUUUCCAUGUUCGCCUGUCACUAGGAUAACUCAAGAACUAUCAAUCAUUGUAAUACGAAAAUUUGUGGAGUAUAGGCCAACGACGAAUCACUGAGUUAAUUGGACCUAUUACCUAAUGAACAAAAUUAUGAUCCAUACAAGUCUAGACAAAAAUUUCAUAACAGCUUGAAAGAGCAUCACAAAAUUAGUAAUAUUCCGAAAUUUCGUUGCGCAAUGUUGUAAAAUGCGGAUAAUAUAGUCCUGUAAUUAAUGCGCAAUUAGUGCAUGUAUAAUUUACCAUUGCCGAAUUACGCUCUAAUUGUCAAGAACAGUAACACCAGGUCGAGGCUCAGUGCCAAAUUUGCUUUAGAAACAAACAUUAUACUUUACGAAGCCUCGUUCUCACGCUAUUGUCUGUUGGCAUUUGACCGUAAUUCGGAAAUGGCCAGUGUGAACAGUGAAAUGAAUAUAACUGCUCCCUUUAGGCAAACUGCUUAUCUUUUUCUUGAAGCCAAAUCUGACCGCCAGACACGCGUGCAGUACGUCUCUGAUUGCUUACUAAAACACUGGGGAGGUGCCUUAAUUAUUCUAAGGUGUAUUCUCAUCGGUGUUUAUUGCUUCCUGUGCCCCUUGGUUUUGCGAAUUAAAUACUUGUUGCCCCGUCAAAUGAGGUUAAUUUUUCUUUCUAUAGCAUUAUAAAAGUGUCAAGUCACAUGAUUGUACCAUCUACGAAUGUUCAAAGUGAUGUCAGUGUUACAACAGCUGGUUUGCAUGUGGACACAUCAAGUACUUUAUCAUUUCAGACAAUUUGUCAGGUAGUUAACAGAAUUACAACUCGAGUCCUACGUUAAUUGUAAUGCAGGUCAUUCCAAGACAACCCGGUCUAACCCAAAUUUUCCUCAUUAAUCCCCCGUCUUCGUGUGCGGAUACCAUCAAAUUAAUUGUGUAUGAAUAGAACUGGUCAAUAUUAAAAAUGUGUAGAGGCUAUCUUACAAAAACAAUGCACCGUAUUAACAUUGAAAAUAUUGUGCCCAUAGUCGUGCGAGAGCAUUGGCCAUUGUCAACAGGAACGAAUACGUAAGCGCCUCUUCCUCAAAUACAGGUUGAUGAGAUGCGCAUAGAAAUGUACGCUAUGUACGUGCUCGACAACUAGUUUAUGGUGAUGGCGAAAAACCGGGCGACAAAAGCCCUCGAAGCAAAGAGAGAACCUACAUGACAACACAGGGAAUUUACCUAACCUAAGUAAAUACCCUAAUCCUCAACUCUUCGACCUACAAUAUCAUGCUUAACUCAGCAGCACAGAAUAAAGACAUACAGAAGUGUAACUUCAUUACAAAACCGUAAGGCGCUUUCACCGAAAUAGCUGGCGGCCAUGUUCUUAGCAAGUGCCCUAAAGAGAGGCAUUCACCCCCUGGAAUAUUAAAUUUUCAAUAUGUUUUCAGGGGGGUGACUGCCUCUCUUUAGGGCACUUGCUAAGAACAUGGCGGACUGAAAAAAUCCCUUACGCACUUUUAAUAAGAAGAUACACUUCUGUAUGUCUUUAUUCUGUGUCAGCAGUAAGAGGCAGCGUGCUAACUACAUCAUCCACUCGUACUCACCAGUGUUCAACAGACGGAAACAAUUCAAACAAAUAUAGCAAUACCAACUCUUCUGCUAAACUAUCGAGAAUUGUACACCAAUAUUCAGAUUCGCAUUCUCAAUUGUAUGACAGCAGCGCUGUAAUAUUUGAAGAUACAAAGGUUUUAUGGUUGGAGAUAUAAUAAUUAAAAAUUUAUUGUAAUUUUUCUUGUCAGCUAUUAUUUACGUUGGUUCCUGUCUUGCUGAUUAUCCGUCUAGUAUAUUCAAGUACCAAAAACAAUAAAGGACAAUCAGGUCUUGGAGUUAAUAUUGAGGUAUAAUGGUAUAUCUGUUUCUAUAUGCACUGCACCUUGUCUCAUGAUUGUGAUAUUCUUACAUCACUUUCUUUUGUAUUCUUAAACUACCUGAAGCUGUAUAUAAAUGAAAACUGACGACAUACAUCUAAGGAUCCCGGAAAAUAUUUGAAUAAUGACGUUGUUUGCCACGUUGGAUUUAAAAUUGCAGUAGCAUCGCGUUGUGGUUCUUGAACACUUUGUGUUAAGUCCUGUAUCCACUUAUAAAGGAAGGUUAUAUGCAAUGUAAUUUAAAAAAUGACCGAAUUAAGUAUACCACUGGCAUGGGGGUGGGGGCACAAACAAACCACAGCACGUUAUUGAUGAAUACUCCCCAGUCUAUAACCUGUGCUAAAUGAAACAGAUACAUGCAUGGGAGCACAAUUUGUCAUCAAGCGAACUAUACUAAUAACAAAAAUGCUUGUUUUGUGUAGUUUUUGAUUGUGUUUCUAUCAUUCUACUCUGUCGUUGUAAUGUGGAUUUGGAUUAAAUACCGAUACUUCACGCUGGGCGUUCUGUUGAGACAACAAUUUGAAGCAAACAUUGUAAACGAUAUACAGAUGAUUUAUAAAUAUCAGGUAAUUUUACGCCUCUAUAGUCAGUAUGGAAAAGAUCGUUACACCUUCUGAACGAUCUUCUGCCACCUGAACGGUAACAACACCUUCUGAAAUUAUUUCAUUUGGACUGAUGAUAAGUGCCGAAAUAUUCUCACUCUGUAAAGUGGAACAUUGGUAACCUAAUGCCCAAUUAGUAAACCAAUGCCAUGGGUGUCCAAUUAGUGACAGGCCAAGUAAUUAGUAAACCAAUGUCCAAUUACUGGUAACACGCCAUGGUCCAAUUAGUAAUAGGCCAAUUAAUAUACCACUCCCUCCGGGAUACAAUAUUUUUCCUUCCCUUUUAUCCUUUACCAUAAGGAUUGGAUUUGUCUCUUCCAGGAAAAUCGUACUAACCAGUUUAGCCUGUCUAACCUCAUGGGAAAGACAAUGAUCAAUGCCCAUCGGAAUACUGCUUGGCCCGCAUGCGUAUUUGCCUAAGAAAUGCAGCCUAUGGUUGCCUUAAAAGCAUACUUUUAUCAGUGACUUUAUUCUAUAUUUGCCUUUUCUUCAAAGAAACGCUGCCGCUAUCUAAGCUGGAUUACCAUGCACAAAAGUACCUUAUUAUUUUGGAUGUUUUAGGAGGUGUUCAAGUAUUCCAUUGCUAUCCUGCUGUUCUUUGUUUUGAUUAAAGUGUGUCACGUUAUUGGUUUAGACAAACUUCUUGAUUGCCAUAUUGAAACACUUACAUCAGUGAUCAUCACUCUGUUAUUUCCCCUAGUAAGUACUGAAUGGAAACUUCUUUUGUAAUGGUCUAUUAAUCAUUGAUCCCAUACAGGGUUAUUACUGGAAAGGGGAGAUUGUACCACGUGAAUCAACCCGUUCGAUAAAAACAGCAACCUAAAUAAUCCGCUCUUGGAUAUAAAAUAUAUGUAUUUAUAUAUUAUUCUAUGCUAGCCUGAAUAUCAAGCUAAUUAUAUGCAUGUAUACAGUACGGAAUAGUUUAGAUUUAGUCUAUCCGGAACAGUAAGAAAAACAAGUGUAAAUGUCCAAGAACAGUGUAUUCACGGGAGCUCGCAUCUGUCAACGCCUCAAAUUAAUCUUACCAUUGUAUUUUUCUAGUUCGCAUUAUUGGUAGUUUUGGUAGGAUUUGCACAUAUGGGUGUGUUGUUAUUUGGGGACCAUCUGAAAAUGUUUGGAACAUUUCUGCAAGCGUUUUCGCUAAAUAUGGUGUAUUUAAGGAGGACUGGUACUAACAACCUCAUAGUGGAUACACCUUAUCAACAAAUGUUAUUGGCACUUUAUGUCAUCGCAUUUUGUGUGUGUAUGAUAUUAUUCUCCAAUUUGGUAAGUUUAAUCUCUCCUAUAAUGCCUUACAAGGUCAAUUUUGGCAAUAGGAAACAAGAUGACUGACGAAAAAGACAUCUAAUACAUCUGGUAGAAAAUGACGCAACUACGUUUUAUAUUUGCUUGUUCAGGUGAAAGCAGCAUUCUGUCAAGCUCAAAUAAAUUUUCUGCUCACUGUCAAGAAUAGAAGAAGAAUGCCAAUCAAAGUGUACUUCUUCAGAAAAAUGAGAAGGUACUGUGCAUACAUGGAUCAAAAUGUGCAUGCACGUACUGUACAGUAUUUAUUCACACAAUACUGUAUGUGCGCAAGAACCACAUGAAUCUAGAUUGUUUAAUUGUUGUUGCUUGUGAUGUUACUCUGUGUGUAUAUCCACACCGGGCAAGCUUGAAAAAUAUGCCUGACCACGGUGGGAAUCGAACCUACGACCUUUGGAAUACUAGCACAAUGCUCUGCCAACUGAGCUACGCGGUCUGGUCGGUUCGAGUAUGUGAUAUUUCGGAACAGAAUCUAGUUCCUUCGAUAUCAAUGUUAUCUAAUAAUAAUCAUGAUUUUUUCUGUGUUGGUGUAAUGUACUCAGGUGAAUAUUAGUGUGUUGGUGUAAUGUACUCAGGUGAAUAAUCAGGAGUACAUUACACCAACACAGAAAAAAUCAUGUUUAAUUGUUGUUUAAACUUUAAUCGUUGUCUGUCUUGCUAAUAAGUUGCAAGGUUUGAUCGAUAUCUUUACUUUGAAAUUUCAUUGGUUAAACAAUUAGGUACAUUCACAAGGAAAGGCGAACUGCAUGAUAUAUUAUUUACAAUACGUUACAACCAGUAUAGUAAGAAUUAGGAUUUACAUGUUUAUCUGCAUGAUAGAACGAUGAAUUUCACCUGAUGCAUGUAUCAAUAUUAGUGGUAUAGUAGUUAAUGCUGCUGUUGCCAAAUUCACCGAGCCUGAGGCUCAUGAUACAAAUACUUGUCAACUAAAGUUUAAGGAUUAGUUUAUAGAACCACAGAAGAGAGCCAACCAAACUCUACCACAUGCGUUUUCAAUACAGUAACAGGCUUAACUCAGCGGUAUAAGGGGCAACGUACAAACCGCAUCUGCCAUCCGUGCUUCACGAAUGUUCAGAUUUUAAAGGUUGAUCUUAUUUUUACAGGAUUCUCUCACUUCUCUGGUCCUAUCUUCAGGAACCCAAGGAUGAAGACGACACGUCAAAACGUGUUCCAAUGGUAAACUAUAUAGUUAUGGCCUGCGCAUGGACAUUGUUGAGAAAGCAAUGUUUCCAACCUAUCUUUCCAGAUUCCAAAGAUGUGCAACAGUGCAAGCCAUUAUUUCCGCAAUAUAAAAAGAAAAUUCAGACUAGCUUAUGUUUCCCAAGUAUUAACUUGGGAAACAUAGGUCUGAAUUUUCUCUCACACAUUUCAGAUUCCUGGGAACCAAACUCCGCAAUAAUGUUUCCAAGGAUGAGCUUAACAGGGAAUCAGAGAAAACAUUGAGAUUUAAAAAAAAUGUUGUCACAAUGUUUUCUAGUUCGCCCGCGGAGUUUCCAUUUAUCCCUUUCCCGAAUAAUUUACCCUUCUUACCACGACUAGAAGUAUAGUGAUAGUAUAGAAGUAUAUAGACUAGAAGCACAUACACUAAUAGGGAUGCUAGUAGCCUCUGCGGAGGAGAGUGGGCUUCACUGUAUAUAGUGAAAAUCCAUUUAUUUUAACAAAUACCAUCCAAACAAAUACCAUCAUACCUAAUAUAUAUAUAUAUAUAUAUAUAUAUAUAUAUAUAUAUAUAUAUAUAUAUAUAUAUAUAUAUAUAUAUAUAUAUAUAUAUAUAUAUAUAUAUAUGGACCAUUUUCAAAUCUUGCUUUAAUGCUUGUCUACCUAAAUUGUACAUUCUCUCUCCCUCAUUUAGAGUUACAUUUUCAAGGAACUGGACGAGCAGCUAAACGACCUAGAAUUUCGUCUAACUCAUUUAGCUUGCAAAGCAAAUAUGCCUGCUAUGACACAUGAUGGUUCCAGCUCAGAUGGCAGUGAUGUAGAGUAUGUGUACAAGGGUGAUAAUGUGAGUCCAACAUUGUUUAUAAGAUAAAGAGACGGCCGCAACUGUAGCCAUCGAGCUUUUUCCUAAACCUAGUCUUUAUCUUACAACGUCUUAUAAAUUUACUUUGCCAUCGAACGGUGAACAUUGGCGACGACGUCGCGAGAAGCAAAACAGUUUGUUUCUUGCGAUGGUCGCCGCCGAUAAUCGAGCCAUACUCGUGUAGGAAAACAAUAUGGGGAUCAAAAGGGCACGUGAGGCGAGGGUUGUUGCGAUUGUAAAACAUAUGCAAUAUGCAGUGAUGUUGAUUUAUGCAUGGAGCUCAUAUGAUAGUUUUUCAAUUGUUUACAACUAGAAAAGCAAAAUUCUACACGAUAAAAGAAUUUAUUUCUUUUUGACAAUGAAGGGAGCAACAAGCUCUGUCAGGACUCGUUCUUAAAAUUUACCCGAAUGCAUAACAGUAUACUGUUUUAUUCAAUUUGUUUACGUUUUAUCCAGUCAUGAAUAUUUUGAAAUUAGUUGCAACAGGCGGGUGGGAGUACGUUGGCUAUUCACCUCCACUUCAGUGAAUAAUUGUUAAUUAGCCUAUAUACGCAUUAUAUGCCAAGCCAUAGCCGUACGCAGGAUUUUAUUCACCAGGGGGCAGUAAGGCCUAUAUGCCGGAAAAAAGUCCCAAAUAUCAAAAGAAUAAUUAAUAAUGACAUUCUAAAAAUCGUAAAUAUAGUUUUCUCUAGGGGGGGGGGGCAACUGCCCCCCCCCUUCCCCCUGCUGUGUACGGCCCUGUGCCAAGCGUACUUUGAACAGCUUAAGCAAGCUGACAAAUCGAACCUGACCCUAAUCCUAGUUAUUUCAGACCUACAAUUAGCUCGUUUUAAGAAGCAUAAAGAAUUGAUCUGGUGAAAAUUACGAGCUUGGUCUGCUAGAACUAGAUGUUUCUUCUCCUGCUUAAUGCUUUCACAUUCUAAAAAAAUCUGGUUCCCAGGGUAGCCGCGUUUUCUUAUCUGUACAAAUUUUGAUUACCUUUUAGGAACGUCCGUCGUAUUCCAGUUUUCAUCGUGAUUUGUCUUCAAGUAAUAGCAGCCAUUUUGAAUACCCAACUCAUGAGAAUAUGGCUGACUCAAAAGUUGAGUGUCCAAGCAGAGAAUCAUCAGCUUCUGGUUCUAUGACCACGCAUGCGGAGACUGCAGUAUCUAAUACUUCUAAACGUCGACGUCCAUUUGAGCGAUCCAUGCGUGCAUUCCCAAUACCGAUAAAUGAAACCUUGCAUACGUCCGAGCAUCCGCAAGUAUUACUGGAUCCUUGGGUUGGUGAGAGCGACUGUGCAGAGAGUUGGCAAACCACGCCAGUGUACCCCGAACAUCAUGGAGUUGCAGGUGAAGAAGUAUCUGCCAUAGACCCUAAGGUCAACGAAGACACUAAGGUAAGGUCGUCGACUCAAAUGUAUCAAUAUGGUCAUAAUGCACAACAACCAACAUAUCGCAGACCAAUAUUCACUGGUGCAGGAACUAAUGGCAAUCAAACUUUGUUAAAAAAUAGGAUAGGAUGUUUAAACAACAACAAAAUGUUGUUUACCUUCAAACAACAUCUUGGCGCUCGUUUUCAACCUGGGUUGCUCAAAACGUCGAAAUUCGUAUGUUUUACAGGUUGCUACUUUGUUCAAACUACAGUACAUCUUCACACUACACUACUACAAAGUGCAUUAUUUUGAUGAACAAAGCAUCUCAGGCAGGGAAUAUAUUUCUACCAUAAUGCAUUUCAAAGGAAAUUAGUUACAAUAAUGCUAGGCAGUUUAGGUUUCAUUUUUAACGGCAAUAGAUAGUAAAUCCAGUUUUAUUUCUAGAUCGAAAGGUCGGUAGAUGCUUCCACUUACCAAGUCAAAGUCAAGGACUUGUAUAGUAAAACUAAAGGCAAUUGUUCUAUAAAGGAAGACAGAGGUGGCCCUACUGAACGACCACAAGUGAUUGUAAAUGACUUCACAAAUAACGCUUGUGAAGGCGUUGUGGACGAUUUUUACGGCUAUUUGACACCAACACGACCUAAAGUACGCUUGAAUGUUUUCGAAGAUGAAUCUUCUCCAAUAGCAAGUGAAGAUGAAGAUUGUUCUCUUUCGAAAACUGAGUCUUUCCGACCAAGUGUUGCCACAUCUUUGGAGAAGCAAUGUCAAGCUGAAAGCGCUCCUGCGGCAGCGAACAAUUUAGACAGUACCCCAGACAACGAACUCACUUCUCGCCAGCGACUUUUCCGACAGCCUUCUUUUCCGUUUUCCAUAAAUCACAUAUUUUCACAAUCGUCUGAGAUUUGAUUUCGUACGACAACAAGGCAUAUAUAUAUAUUAUAUACUCGUCGUUUGGUACGUCAGCGAGUGUUAGUGAUAGAAGCCAGAUGGUUGACGUAUUCCACGUUGCAAUUCUGGAGUGAAUACAGCGAGUAAAAGGAUUCAAUAAUAGAACUGGUGGAUUGUAUUGAAAGUGAUUAUUCGAAAAUGAGGCACAUGAUUGUCUAGGUCGUAAGCGUUUAGAUUACCUUACGAUAGUUAAAUUAUGAAUUUUUCUAGACUACCUUAUGAUAGUUAGUAAGCUUGUCACCAUUACGAAAUAUUUGGUUUGCCAACCUUUUGCAUUAUUGAUAUUAUGUCGUCAUCCUUGUAAAAUAUGAAAAUUGAUCUUAGAUCUUCUGAAUAGAUUAGGGUAUAUGCUUAUAGCAAUUAGAUCAUUAUGUACAUAUAAUGUUAGUAAGAGUAUUUGUCAUGACGAUGGAUAAAAUACACUGAGGAUUUUAUAUUUUAUUAGCUUUUACAAGACCACAUUACAAAAGGAACUACAAACAACAACGUGGUCUUUCCUAAGUCACAUGACCUACUUGGUAUGACCUAACACCCCACGUACAAUACUCUAUUGUAAAGUUCUUUAAGUUCUUUUACUUUCCGAGAAUAACAGUUAGAAAUGUCUUCAUUCUAGGUCCUGGAACUGGCUUUGUGAAUAUAUCUGCUAUAUUAUCUAUAGAUGGAACAUACACUAAAUUUAACAGUUGUUUCUGAAUUUCAGACUUAACAUAGUGAUAUCUUAUGUCUAUAUGUUUGGAUCUUUGG